AUGGCUUCCAUCCUGUCACCCCGAGUGGCUCGCCUCACACCCCUCGCCCACAUCUCCCGCCGAACCGCGCCCUGCACUCGGGUUUUCAUAUCGCGAUACAGUACCAGCUCAGAAGAAGACGUCAUCAUCACCCAGCAGAUCCCCGCCCCAGGCUCUGGUCAUGUGCGCGUGCUCCAGUUAAACCGACCUCAUGCCCGUAACGCGAUUUCGCGCCAGCUGCUCGACACUCUAUCCAAGCAUGUCAAGUCCGUCGCCGCGGAAGAGGGCAACGGGCCCACACGCGCCCUGGUACUAUCAAGCAAUGUCGACGCCUCAUUCUGCGCAGGCGCGGACUUGAAAGAGCGUGCGAAGAUGACUCACGCCCAGACCGAAGAUUUCCUACUGGAUCUCCGAAGCACAUUCAAGGAACUCGCAAACCUGCAAGUCCCCACCAUCUCAGCCAUCUCCUCUAUGGCCCUGGGUGGUGGUCUCGAGCUCGCCCUUUGUACCCAUCUCCGCGUCUUCGGCUCAUCCUGUGCCGUUGGACUCCCCGAAACUCGUCUGGCCAUUAUUCCCGGUGCCGGUGGCACAUACAGAUUGCCUGCGCUGAUUGGUAUGAACCGUGCGCGGGAUAUGAUUCUCACUGGGCGCCGGGUCACAGGUCCGGAAUCGUAUUUCAUGGGGCUGUGUGAUCGUCUUGUGGAAGUUUUGCCCGAGGAGGCCACCCAGGAAGGUGUUGCGCGUGAGAAGGUUCAGAAGGAGGCCAUUCGGUUGGCGUUGGAUAUCUGUGAGGGUGGUCCUAUUGCUAUCAAGCAGGCCCUCGCGGCCAUUGAAGGAUCAUACAUGGGCGAAGCCUCUGAGAAUAGAGCUUAUGAGGGUGUUAUUGAGACGGAGGAUCGGUAUGAGGCGCUGCGCGCUUUUGCUGAGAAGCGCAAGCCUUCUUUCCGUGGACGAUAG